GAGACCAGCUCGGGCGGCAGCGAGCGCAGCUGGGGCAGCUCAGUGCAAGCCAGGGAGGGUCGGACCCGGAGCCGGGUCUGAGUGCGGGGCCGGCGCUGACAGGGCGGGCUCGGGGCGCAGACCGGUGGCAGGAUGUUCAGCUGGAUGGGGCGGCAGGCGGGCGGGCGCGAUCGUGUGACCGGCGCAGAUGCCGUGCAGACGGUGACUGGCGGCCUGCGUUCGCUCUACCUGCGCAAGGUGCUGCCGCUGGAGGAGGCGUACCGCUUCCACGAGUUCCACUCGCCUGCGCUGGAGGACGCUGACUUCGAGAACAAGCCCAUGAUCCUGCUGGUGGGCCAGUACAGCACGGGCAAGACCACCUUCAUCAGGUACUUACUGGAGCAAGAUUUCCCAGGCAUGCGGAUUGGUCCAGAGCCCACUACUGAUUCCUUCAUCGCUGUGAUGUAUGGGGAGACCGAGGGCAGCACCCCAGGAAACGCUUUAGUUGUGGACCCCAAAAAGCCAUUUCGAAAGCUUAGUCGCUUUGGAAAUGCUUUCCUGAAUCGAUUCAUGUGCUCCCAGCUGCCCAAUCAGGUCCUGAAGAGUAUCAGCAUCAUCGACAGCCCUGGCAUCCUGUCCGGGGAGAAGCAGCGCAUCAGCCGAGGGUACGACUUCUGCCAGGUCCUGCAGUGGUUCGCUGAGCGGGUGGACAGGAUCAUCCUGCUCUUCGAUGCUCACAAACUGGACAUCUCGGAUGAGUUCUCGGAGGCCAUCAAGGCCUUCCGGGGCCAGGAUGACAAGAUCCGCGUGGUGCUGAAUAAGGCCGACCAAGUGGACACACAGCAGCUGAUGCGCGUCUACGGGGCCCUCAUGUGGUCCCUAGGCAAGGUCAUCAACACACCUGAGGUGCUGCGUGUCUACAUAGGCUCCUUCUGGGCGCAGCCCCUACAGAACACGGACAACCGCCGGCUCUUCGAGGCCGAGGCCCAGGACCUCUUCAGAGACAUCCAGAGCCUUCCCCAGAAGGCAGCGGUGCGCAAACUCAAUGACCUCAUCAAGCGAGCCAGGCUGGCCAAGGUACACGCCUACAUCAUCAGCCACCUGAAGAAGGAGAUGCCAAGUGUAUUUGGAAAGGAAAACAAGAAGAGAGAGCUUAUCAGCAGGUUGCCGGAAAUCUACAUUCAGCUGCAGCGAGAAUACCAGAUUUCUGCAGGGGACUUCCCAGAGGUCAAGGCCAUGCAGGAACAGCUUGAGAACUACGACUUCACCAAAUUCCACUCCCUGAAGCCCAAGCUGAUCGAGGCGGUGGACAACAUGCUGACCAGCAAGAUCUCGUCCCUCAUGAGCCUCAUCAGCCAGGAGGAGCUAAGCAUGCCCAUGCAGCUUGUGCAGGGCGGCGCCUUCGAGGGCACCUCCGAGGGCCCCUUCAACCAGGGCUACGGGGAGGGCGCCAAGGAGGGCGCCGACGAGGAGGAGUGGGUUGUGGCGAAAGACAAGCCUGUGUAUGACGAGCUCUUCUACGCCCUGUCGCCUGUCAACGGCAAGAUAUCGGGUGUCAACGCCAAGAAGGAGAUGGUGACCUCCAAGCUACCCAACAGCGUCCUGGGCAAGAUCUGGAAGCUGGCCGACUGUGACUGCGACGGCAUGCUGGAUGAGGAAGAGUUCGCACUGGCCAAGCACCUCAUCAAGAUCAAGCUGGACGGUUACGAGCUGCCCAACAGCCUGCCCCCCCACCUCGUGCCCCCGUCUCACAGGAAGUCCCUGCAGAAGGCCGACUGAGGGGCAGGCCACCCACAGGGCGGGCGGUGUGCAGUGGGACUCGGGGGACCUGGGCCUGAGGCCCGUGCUGCCACUGAUUCACUGAAUGACCCUGGGCAAGGCACACCCUCUCCAUGCCUCAGUUUCCCCAUCUGUAGAGAGGAGAGGGCAGACACUGGACACUGGAUGUGGUCCUUUCACCUCUAAAAUUCCCUGUGUUUCUAUUAAAAUAUUGGGGGGAGGGAGUGGAUAAAGAGAUUGUAGGGUUGAGAAGAAAGAGAAAUUGACCAAAGAGUACUCAGAAGCCUGGAGAGACAUCCAUGCGGCGCUGGGCUUGGUGAGGUCCCAGGAGCCUGGGGCGUGAGCUGUGGGUACCACUGAAGCAUGAGUCCACUGGGCUUCCCUGGACCGCUCAUCGUGCAUCUGUCCCUCAGAGGGCACCCGGAGGGAGCAAAGAUGAUCUUAUUUAUUUUGUUUCCUGCUACAUUUGGAGUGGAAAAAAACAGAGCAGAGAGGGUUUCUGCUCUCUCCAAACUGUCUACCAAAGAGAAGGCAAUUGCUGCCCAAGGUUUGAAAGGAGGAUAUACAGUGUCUGUGUGUACCCCGUCCCUUCUGCAAGCCCUAGCAGAGCAGAACAGGCAGCCAGGCCAAAGCGAGUGUCUGUCCCAGCACCCCACGGACUAGCCCUCCCAGGGCGCCCCACCCCUGGGCCUUCCCAGCAAAGCUGUAUUUGGUUAGGAAUCUGGAACCCAUAGCCUUUAUGAACCCGGGCGAGAUUUCUAGUGUUCAACUCAUGUUGAAGUCUGAAGAUUAGCUUUUCUUACUGGUCUGUCCAAUAAUUUGUAGCAAAGUCUAUUUAUCGUACUUAAACUACGGUAAGGAAAAGAGGCGGUUUUCCCUUGUCGUUAGUGUGGUUACAUGUCCCCAAGGCUCCUUCCUCGGUCAAUGGCAGGAUUUAAAUUCAGCAAAAAUAGGUGUUGGUACAUGCGGAGCCCUGGACCUGGGGACACGAAGGGAAAAGAGAGGCCAGCCUCCCCCAGGCUGUCAGGAAGAAAAGAACGGUCUACUAGCUUAGACACUAUUUUUAUAAAACAGGCAUUUUUAUUAUAAAAUAGUCAAGUUUUUUUGUUUGUUUUUUCAGGAUAAAAGCCUUUAUACAGAAACAGAUGGAACCUUUCAUAUAAAACCUUUUCUUCAACAGACUGUGUGGUUCGUAUCACAAACGCCCAUCACUAGUCAGGCUUUGGGCACGGCCCUGUACAUGAGCUCCCUGAGGGUCCUCUCCCAAGUCCCCCGCGUCAACCCCUCUGGACCCCUCACUCAGAUGCCUGUGUCAGGUGGAGGGGAUUGAUGCUCACUGCCUGCCUCCCUGCUAUGGGGGCUCCAGCUCGGAGAUGCAGGGGCCUUCUCACCCUUAGGCAGGCAAUAAAAGAGACAUGAAAUUGUGAUGGCUGUGUGGCCCGGGGCCCUGCCAGCACCAGAAAUGAACGAAAUCAGAAGAGUCCCACCUGAGCCUUCCAAAAACCACUUUUUUCUGGGUUUUUUGUUUGUUUUCUUUUGUUUUGCCUAAUGUCACCUGUGACAUCAGGGUCAGAACUGCAGACUUAAGAGAAAUAUUUUACUUUAGAGAAGCAGGAACCCAGAUGCCAGCCCUCAUACUCCCUAGCUUUCUAAAUAAUUCCGUUUGAAGAGACGGAAAUGCAUAAUACGGUUUUUAAGUUUAAUGAAGAGUUUUAAUGAGACACAGAGAAAAGAGAUGUUUAUAAUUCCAGUCCUGUAAUAUGAGCAGAUAGUUUUGUGAACCCAUGAGGACUGCCCCAGCAUAAGCACAGUGGGGUCCACCAAAGGGCACAACUGAGAGAGAAGAGAAUUCAUGUGUCCAUAGGUUUAGAGAUGCCAAAGUUAGCUGAUUUGCCAUUCAGAAUCAUCUUUCUUCUUUAACUCUGCUCAAUUGUCAUAGAUAAAUAUAUACACAUAUAUGUCACCCGAAUAUGUACUUUUGACACAUGUACAUAUGUAGAUAUGGCCACGUUUUGUCUAUGUAGAGACAUAGGAAAACUGUUUUAGAGGGCCGACAGACAGAUUUCUGGUUUCUGUGUGGAAGGAAACAUAGCAUUGUGACCCCUACCCUCCCCCACACCCUCAGGUAGGAGAACAUCUGGUGGCUCAAUCCUUUCCCUACUGAGAAAGAAAUCACAUCUAUUUUCCUUAAUAUCUUCUCUUACAACAUGAAGUCAUUGGAGUUGAUUGAAAAGAAAAACUGGAAAAUAUUAGGGAUGGCGGCCAAGUGAGGACCCGUAUCUUUUAGGACCUGCACAAAGUUCCUGGACUCUGUCCAAAACACCCAUUAUCCCCGCCCCCACCCCGCGCAGCACGGUGGCAGAACAGGAGAGCCCUCUAGGAUCUCUUCACUUUGACCAACCUUAUUGCCCUUCCCACAUCACCCCAAUUUUCAGAGUACCCACCUCCUCCCCAGAGUGUUUACACGUGGGUGGGAGGGUGGAAGUAGGUAAACUCUAGCACUAAGAAACUAUCUUCAUGUUCUCCAUGAGUCCACAGAAGAAAAAUCUAAGAAUCUUGAAUCUAGUUUCUGUACAGCACAUGAUACCACAUAACACAAACGCUGCAGGGUUGAGCUUAGGGGGGAAACAAACGAAAACUUCAGCCGCCUCCUCCCAAAGUUGACUUCCCAGUUGUAAGCCUGCUGCUGACUCCUUCCUGAACUUACCUCAGACCUGCUGAGACGCCACAGCUCCUGCCACCCUGGGAUGUCCAACCUGUUUCCACCUCACGCUCCCGCCCAGCGUUGCACAUCGAUUUUUUUCUCGCACACUUGGAUGGCCCCGGAUGAGGACACCUUCAAAGGGGAGAGCCAUUCCUUUAGUGGGCUUUCACUUCUCCAGGGCUGGACUGGGUUUUCUUUGGCAACUUGUCAUUAUGCAGCAGUUGCAUCUUUGGACUUGGGGCUAUGGUUCCUCCUCCCACACGACAGUGGCUCUUGAGGAGUUGAAUUUUUAUUCUAUAUCAUGGGACUGGGUGUCCAGGUGGGUCAGAGAGCAUGUGAGGAGGAGCAAAAUGUCUGCUGCUCUCCCCCCCAGCCCCUGGCCUUCCUACCAGCACACAGGAGAGGCCUCAGCAGAGCCCUGGCCCCUCUGCCCCUGACCACAGUCCU